ACUGGUGGGUGGCACUGGUGGGCACAGGUGGGUGGCACUGGUGGGCACAGGUGUGUGACAUUGCAGAGUGGCACAGGUGGGUGCACUGCUGGGCACAGGUGGGUGAUCUGCUGGGCACCGGUGGGCGGAGCUAGUGGGCGCACUGCUGGGCACAGGUGGGCGGAACUUGCGGGUGGCACUGCUGCACCGAUCAUCAGGGCACCGAUCAUCAGGGCACUGAUAAUCAGUGCCCUGAUGAUCGGUGCCGAUCCCCGCUCUGACAACUGCCGGUUCUCGGCAGUACUUUCCUCACGAUCUGACAGCAUGAGGAAAGUGCAGCCGAGAACCGGCACUUGC